AUGGCUGCGAAUUCGUGUGCCAAGUUUGACCUCAAAAGGUCACUAGAGUGCAAAAACGGAACCCAUUUUUUUAGUAUAAUUUGCGGAACUCAGGCUGAGAUUGUGCGUUCAAAACUUUCCAAUGGGCGGGAUAAAGUUUCGUUGCCAGCACUGUAUGAACAAACUUACAAAAUUAGUGAACGGUCAUCAUCAUGUCCCCCGGAAAAGUACUGGACAAACUUACGAAAAAAAUGGAUCGUAGUCACAUCAAUUUCUCGCCCAACCGAGCAAGUCAUCAAACUCAGCCGCCUCCCAAAUUUCCAACUUCUCGUCGUCGCCGAUCAAAAAACGCCAAAGAACUGGACCCUUGCUAACUCAAUCCUUCUCAGCACUGAAACCCAACUCCAGCUUGGCUACCACAUUUUACAGCAUGUCCCUUGGAACGCAUACACCCGGAAAAUGAUCGGCUAUCUGUACGCUAUUCAGCACGGGGCGGAAAUCAUAUAUGACACGGAUGACGACAAUGUUCCCAACAUUUUGUCCGAUUUCGACGAUUAUUUUGCCUUCGGUAACACCACACGUGGUCUCAUUGCUCAGCCCGAUCUGGGGGAGUUUGGUUACAUAAAAAACCCUUACGUCCAUUUCGGCCAGGGGUCAGUUUGGCCGCGUGGCUACCCACUAGAAUUGGUGGGCGGGUUGUACAAUAAUAAUUACACGGUUUGUAAGUACACGACCCCAGUUAUUCAACAAGGUCUUGUAAAUGGAGAUCCUGACGUGGACGCUAUUUUUCGUCUCACUAGGAAAAAGCUGUAUACAAAUAUUGACAUCACGUUCGACGGUUAUGCGCCCCAGGUUAUCUACCCGACCGGAAUUUUAGCACCGUUUAACUCACAAAAUACCCUUUUUCAUUACGACUCCUUCUGGGCUUUGAUGCUCCCAGUUUCCGUUGCUUUUAGGGUCACCGAUAUUUGGCGUGGGUACUGGGCGCAACCCUUGUUGUGGAAAGUUGGUAAAAAUUUAGCCUUCUCGGCCACAAAUACGACACAAGUCAGAAAUGCGCACAAUUAUCUGAAGGAUUUUGCAGAAGAGGGCAAAAUAUUUCAGGAGGCGGGAUCCUUAGCAAAGUUUUUAAUUGAGUGGAAAUGUAGCUCGACAGAUUUAUACGAGUGCAUGAUUACCUUGACGGAGGACAUGGUCACGCACAAAUUUUGGGAAGCGAAAGAGGUUUUAUUGGUCAAAGCAUGGAUUUUAGACUUGAAUUGUGUCCGUUACACUCCACCUGUAAUUAUUAAGGAGGUUCAAGCAGGCUCAUCAUCCAUGUGUGUCAAUGAUUUCCAAACAUACUCAAUAUUUAAUGGGAUUACGAGUAAUAAUAAUGCAACAUCUCUAAAUGAAAAGUUCGAACUGAGGAAACUUUGCAAUUUUGGGUUUGACGUUAAAUCAACGCUUCCAAAAACUAUUUACGUCGAAACCUUGUUAGUCAUUACGUUCAAUUAUCCGCAUUAUGAGCACAUUUGGCUUCUCGAGCUAAUUUAUAGACCACAUUUUCCCCACAUUCUGUACUGCGGGGAUGGAAAGGCGUUCAAAGCUAUCCCCGAUUUGGAAAUUUCGUUCGUUCACGCUAACGUGACGGAUGGCUGGUCGUGGUACGAGUGUGCCCUGCGUGUCAUCGAUAUGAAUUAUGGGGUGCGUCAAAACUACAUAUUUUUAUCGGAUGACGUCCUCUUCAAAUUUUGGGAGACUGGAGGAUACGAUAAGGAUGAGAUUUGGGGAUACAAAAUUGAGGAUCAGUUAUUGGAUGUUGCUCUGCUAAAUCAGACUGAUCUCGUACCUGAGGGCUUCACUUGGGAGUGGAAUCGUGGGCACCAUGGGCGAGUCGGGUGUUUAAAGGCGCUGACAAGAAUUGCAAAUGAGUCAGCGCAGAAUAAGAUACUUGCUGAAUUUGUGCAAAAUCGGGUUAAAUUUGGGUUGGGCGAUAGUCUGGUGAAGGUCGGAAUGUCGGACAUAUUUCAACUGCCGAGAAUUAAGGAGGAUUUAUUUUAUGAGGCUGGGAGAAUUGUGAGAGAUGCGGAAAUUUUGUUGGAGACUGCGGUACCUAUGGAUAAGAAAGAGUAUAAUUCUACGGAUUCUACUUACUUCUAA